AUGGUCAGCUCCAGCUGGGAGGACAGAGGGAGAACUGAGGACUGGAGGGUGUGCCAGACUCACCUCCCAAUCGUCAGGGACCUGAGCCUGCUCAUCCUGGUGGUGGAAGGGCCAGAGCAGCACCUGGCGGAAAUUGUUUUGGCCAGCACCAGCAGCGUGUGUGGGGAGUGGACAGCGCUCCCGGCCAGCUCCCCGAUCCUCCCAGACCAUCUGCCCCAGGCUCAGAGCUGCUCCACAGGCAUCAUGAGUGCCCUGCUGUUUGCAGUUAUCCUGACCCUCAGCUUGGCUCGGAGCUUUGGGGCGGUCUGUGAGGAGUCACAGGAACAGGUGGUGCCUGGUGGGAGCCUCAGCAAGAAGGACUCGAAUCUCUACCAGCUGCCCCCGUCGUUGCUCCGGAGACUCUAUGACAGCCGCUCAGUCUCCCUGGAUGGAUUGCUCAAAAUGCUGAGCAAGGCUAGCGUGGGUCCUAAGGAGUCGUCACUUCCCCAGAAACGUGACAUGCAUGACUUCUUUGUGGGUCUCAUGGGCAAGAGGAACAUCCAGCCAGACACUCCUGUUGAUAUGAACCAAGAGAACGUCCCCAGCUUUGGAACCUUCAAGUAUCCCUCCAAUGUGGAAUGA